AAAAGUCACAUGUUAAAGAAGAUUGAUACAUCAAGCAAGCAGGAUAGCAAAAGUUCAUGUGAACAAACAGAUUGGAGGUGUAGCAUUGAAAUACUAAACCAAGAGAAGUGAUGAAACCGGCCAGGUGAAGAAAGGUGUAAAAUGGUGUAAAGGUGUCUCCUUAUUCAUGGUGUAAAGGUGUAAAAUGUCUUAAUUCCACUAGCCAUAAUCUUCUUGCAAAUCUCAGUUGCCAGGCCAGGUGAAUUAUGCAAGCCAUUACAGCUUCUUCAUUGUCCUUGAUUGAUUCCAGAGCAGACAUUAGAUCAUGGAGCAUCUAAAAUACACAUCCCAGAUUGAAUACAGUCAUUCAUAGAAUAUUUGAGUAAUUAUAAUAUAUGAGGGUCUGCACCAGUAUCAACCUGAACAUAACUGCAGCAUUAGUACUGAAAGAUAAAGAAAGAAGAUUCAACAUCUUCACAUGAAUUUUUGAGGAACAAAACUGUAUCAAUGAAACAAGCCAUAGCAAAAGAACAUAUAACCUUUUUCUUGAGAUAGGAAAGGUCAUUCUGGUAAGCCUCAAGUGGCGUAUCCACUCCACUAUAGCAGGUGCGAAUAACAUCAGGGUGUGCCACUAUAGCGUGUACCUGGACGAACCUGUCCUGGUCGCGAGGAGGGACACCCCGCGCACGGAGGGGCGCUCAUGUUCUCAACCGGCAUAUUGCUGCAGCUGAGAUGCAUCAUGGUCUCAACGCAGACCAUAUUCUCUGCCCAAAAAUACCAACACAAAAUGGUACGGAAACCAACGGAAAUGUUACUGAAAAACUAUGCUGGCUUAGUAUUGUUAAGACACCCACCAGUUGAGAGUAACUUAUUAUUAAGAGAUCAGUUGAGGGUAAAUUCUUGAUGUUGAUAUCAUAGUUUUUAGAACCGGACCGAAGAUCAAACCGGUCAAGGUACUGGUUUUGUUGUUCACUGGUCGAACCAUUGGUUCAACUGGUCGAAUCAGUGGUUUAAACGAUGGCGCGUUUUGUCACCGGCAACCCCUUCUCUCUCUUCUAUUGUUUCUUGCCUCUCUCCCAACACGUACCUAUGUACGGGAAUGAGUGGGCAAGAAUGAGUGGGCGCGUUAAUACCUUUGUCUAAUCUGUGUUUUUUUAUAUUUAAUUUUAAACCUAAAAUAUGACUUAGGGUCAAAGUUUAUUGAAAUGGGUAUCCAUGUGAUCCAAUCGUCACCUAAUUUCGUCCCAAACUCACCUUUGUGUAUAUUUUAACAAUUUUAAGUCUAAAACUGAGUCUUUUAAAGUGUAAAAGUAUUUGUAGUCUUAAGAACUAAGGUUUGUAUAACUCUUUUAUAAACAAAUAUUUUUCUAUAAAAAAAAGAAUCUUAAAACAGUUCUUUUAAAAUAUAAAAAAUACAACUUUUUAAGCUCUAACAGUUCCGAUUGACAAAAGGAAAGACCUGGGCGACAAUUCCUUCAUCAACUUCAGACCUUCGGUUACCAACAAACCUUCUAUGCUGAGAUUGCUGACCUGAGCUAAACAACGACAGAGAGCUAGGCCUUGGCGGGGAUGGCUUCGUACCCGGAGCGGUGAACUAGCGACAAAUUUUUCUUCCUUUUCUCUUUAAUCAUGUCAUACUUUGAUUCCUAUUGUGUUAAUUCGAGGCUAAAUUUCAUGGCAAGGACGGGAACAGAUGAAACUUAGUAAACAAAGGGCUAAAUUUCAUGAUACGAUGUAUCUUUAUGUUAGUCAUGCAUAUUGUUUUAUGUUCCUAAGCUCCAUGAGUUUUUCAUGUUUACUUUAUAAUUUUUUUCUAAUAUUUUUUACGCUCCUCAAUCUUUUAAUACCAGACUUGAAAUUGUGAGGGACCAAUCGCACACCACUAAUAAAAUCUGUAAACAAAAACCCUUUGUUUUUAGUUUCUUGCAAUGAAGAAAGAUAAAAAGGACUCUCCGGAAUUUCCAUCUAUAAAGUGUGAACUGUGAAGAAAGAUUUGGAGUAAAGAGCACAGUUCAAAAAGGGACAUAGAAACAAAACUAUCGCUCUACUUUUCUUUUUGCAUCCAUCCAAAAAUUAUGUUUGCUUAACACAAUUUGAAAUCUUCAUUUCAAUGGUGCAUAUUUUAUUUAAGCGCACAUGCUUUGCUUCCAUUUGAUAAUGUGAUUGGUAGAUCAUGUAAAUGCUACACCAGUUUAAGGUUACUAACUUAGCUUCGAAAAAACACAACCAUGCAUUCUAUAAUUAAGUACCAACUGCAAUAAAGAGUUAAAACAGUGCUCCUACUACCACUCCACCAGGCAUUAGAAGGUAACAAGGAAUAAACAUAAAUACUAGGAUAGUAACGGAUAUGUUCGGAUCUUACCCAAACCUGGGCCGCUUCGAGGGACCUGCACUACUACUUGGUCCAGCCUCAAUGACUGAGUCAUCACCUUUCUCCGUAUCUGCAUAGCUUGCCUCCCUUUCCAACUCUUCCCGUGCUUCACGUUUCUCUUGAUUGUCUGCGCGAAGCGUUGCCUUUGA